AUGCACAGCCCCGAUUGGACGUCGCUCCCACCGGAUCUCCUCGCAAAGAUCAGCGAAGAGUUUCCCAUCCCACAUCGUGCUCGCAUCCGUGCCACAUGCAAGGCUUGGCAUUCUGCAAUGGAGCCCGUGAUCAGCCGCUCCCCGUGGCUUCUCCUACCCGGCGAGAACGUUGAGCAGCACAAUUCCACCUUUUUUUGUCUCCCCGACAACUACUCCUUCACCUUACCCCGUCUACCCAAGCUCCGCGGUGUGAGGUGUAUCGGAUCCCACGCCGGUUGGUUUGUGAUCGCCGGUAGGAAGCGAAAGGUCAGCCUCCUAAAUCCGCUUACCGGGAAUCAAAUCUGCCUCCCUUCCCACGUCGCCCGAUGGAACGUCGACCGAGUUGACCACCAAGCAUUCAAACCUAAGCGCAUUGGAAAGAUUGUCUUCUCCUCAAACCCUACUGUCCAUAACUAUGUUGCCGUGGCUAUCUAUAGAUUUACAGAUUGUGAGCUCACCUACACGAAGUCGGGCGAAGACAGAUGGAAUCUUGUUGAAACGUGCAUAACGCGGAAAGGUGAAGUCGUAGCUUUUGACCUAAGUGGAGUUAGCCCUAUUGUGACGCUGGUUGCCCAGAGUUCAGCACUUGAUGGUAUCAUCCCCGGGGGUACUUACUGUAUAUACUUAGCAUGCUCGAGCACAGGGGAGCUGUUCCUGAUUUUGAAGCUUGCAAUCCACUUGGUAGUUCCAGAUGAUCUGCAAAAAUCAGAGGAUGCCAUCGUUCUCAGGUUGCAAUAUUCCGAGGACCAGCCUUGUUGGGAUGUUGUGAAGGACUUGGAGAAUAUGUCUCUAUUGGUGGGCAAUAGCAAUUCUAUUUCGAUUUCUACCGAGGAUUUACGAGGAAUGCGAGGAAAUUGUAUCUAUCUUACGGAGUUCUACACGAAGACGUAUUCUGAAGGGAUGCUAAUUUUUCGUAAAGCUAGAAUGUUUGAUAUGAAAAAGGGAAGGUGGGAGUGCUUAUAUUCAUCGACAAGUUUUCUGCCAAACACCAGGAAAAUUCCUGUGUUCUUCCAGCCACCCUUCUGGUUCACACCCUCACUGCUGUAA